AUGAGGCUGUUGGUGACUGCUGUGUUAAUCUUGAGCGCGGUGUGUUUAACAUGUGGUGACACAAGUGAUUUUGAAAAACAAUUGCGCGUGCUUAACAAACAAGUGACUGUACUACUAGAGAAGAGAAAGGAAGAUAUGAAGAGUAUAGAGGAUAAUAUGCGGAAAACGAUAUACGACACUCCAGAUCUCGAAAUUAUUCGUAACGACAUGAAAACAUUGAGAUUAAAAGUUGACCAACUGAGUUCUGGCAAAAUACCAACUUCCCAACGAGAGAAGAACGACAAACUAACGAUUAAGUAUUUAUUCACCGCCAUGGAGGAACUGAAAACUGAAGUUACUGAACUUCAAAACACCCUAAACUCAUCGAUAAUCUUACAGAACCAUGAACGCGUAGAGACGGAAAUGAGUUUAUUGAAAAGUGACAUCACUAAUCUGAACAGCGAAUUGGAGAAUGCUAGAAGACAGAACGUUAAAUAUGAAGCGGAAUUGCAAAUGUUUCGCGAGGAAAUGGAUUCAGUUAAAGAGAACUGGAGAAGUACCGCGGUAAUGUGUGGAAAAACAAAAAAUCAGUUAAAAGCUGCUCAAUUUGAAUGGAACCAAAAUUGGAAAAUAUUAAAUGAAAAAUCCCCUGUACUUGAUAUAGAAAUCCCCGGCCAUCCACCUAGACAUCAGAAAGUGCUGAAGCAACACAUAAUAAAUUUAGAAAAACGAACAAAAGGUCUUCAUAAAGAAAACUACUUCCUGAAAAAUAAAUUUCUUAAAAUGGAAGAAAAGAUAAAAGAACUUGAAAGUGAAUUACGAACUAAACAAAAUUCAAAUAAAAUAUACGAUAGAAUUAAUGGGAACGAAAUAGAAAAUUACAUUCAUCAAGAAAAAAUCAAAGAAAUCAAAUCAUCAGACAAAGAAAUAUUUGAAAAACUGUUGGAUCUGACUGAACAACAGAAGGUUAAUACGAGAUCAAUUCGUAAUUUGACGAAGCAGUCGUCUAAUUUCGACAAGCUACAUUUAUCUAUGUUAGAGCUACUAGAAAAUGUAGAAACAAUUGAAAACAAAGUUGAGAAAACCGUUCCCGAAUUUAGGAAUGAAAUUUCUAAACUAGAAGUACAAGUUUCUGAAUCGUCAUCGGCAGUAUCACUUUUAAAAGAGGAUCAGAAAAAUAUUAUAGACUCUUUAAAGGCUAUUGGUUUUUCAGUGUCCAAUAUGCAAGACAGAACUAACGAAGACCGUAACCGAUUGGAUAAAUUAGAUACAACGAUUGAAAAUUUGUUACGAUCUUCCAACAUUCAAACAUCUAAACUCCAUGACCAUAUAUUAAAGGAAGAAAGCAACCUUAUUAAUGUAAACGCAACAAAAGCUACUAUCCACUUAGUUCAAGAGCUCAAAUCCUUUGAAAAGGAAUAUAAGAGCAUCGUAAAUAAGUUACCAAGAGACUGCAGUACCGUUAAUGGACCAAGUGGCAUUUACCUCAUAUCACCAGGGGAGACGGAACCCAUAUUAGCGCACUGCGAAGACGGUUGGACGACUAUUCAGAAACGUUAUGAUGGCUCUAUAAAUUUCAACCGCAGUUGGAACGAAUAUUCCAAUGGGUUUGGCUCGGCUACUGGAGAACACUGGCUGGGCAAUAAAAACCUACACUUCUUAACGAAAGAAAAUUGUUCCCAGUUGCAAAUUAACAUGAAAGACAUAUUCGGAAAAUACUGGCAGGCGAACUACGGACACUUCCACGUAGGAAAUUAUUCCUCAGGUUUCAAACUAUCGGUUAGCCAGUAUAAGGGAAACGUGAGCGAUGCUCUUAAUUAUCAAAAUCUAAUGGAAUUUUCCACUGUUGAUAAUGACAGAGACAUUUCGAAUACUCACUGUGCGAGUAAUUAUCAGGGGGGUUGGUGGUUUUCUCAUUGUCAACAUGCAAACUUAAAUGCUGGAUACAAUUUAGGUUUGACAUGGUUUGAUAGUUCUAAUAAUCAAUGGAUUGCGGUCGCUCAAUCCGAGAUGCGUGUAAAACGGAGGGAUGUUUGUUAGUUUUAAGUAGGUAGUUCCGAUAAUUAUAGUACUGAGUAGUUAUAGAAGUAAAAUCCAAAGAUAUAUUACAUAGUUUGUGAAAACGAGAAUAAAACAAAACACAUGGAAAUCACAUGAACCUAUUACUGUUACCGAAUCAAUCUAUCUAAAAUUGAAAAUACUAAAUAUGAUGGACUUUAAAAUGUAGAGAUAGGCUUGUAUUUCAAGAAAACUGGCUUAUUUUAAUAGUGUGGCAAGAGAGACUUCAAAUAUUAUUUACACAUGCUAGUUUUGACUUUGGAAUAAAAACUAACUUAAAAUCAAAUGCCUAAAAAUAUUUGUUAAACGUUUGAUCUUGCCAGUAAAUAAAUGAACCAAAGACCCAAACUAGUUCAUUAAUUAUUUAUUUAUAAAUUAUUGUAAUUGGCUAAAACGCACAUCAUGUACAUAGUAAUAUAUAUAUUGUAUAUGUAAAUUUUUGCCAUAUUGUAAAUUUAUCUUGACACCAUGUAAAUAUUAACCGUUAAGUAUUUAUUGAAUGUAUGUACUUUGAAUCCUUUU